AGGUGGCGCUGUUCGCUCCUACGUCACCGCGCUGUCGUUCAAUCAGUGACGUGGAUCUCCAUUGAGUCAGUCAGUCAGAGCUACACUCAGACUCUCCAACAUCUCUCAGCUUCUACCACCAACUUUACUCACAUUUACAAGUUGGAACCAACUGUGUUUAUUCACCUUCGUUUCAUCACACUUCAACACAGUUUCUUGUCACCGUUUUUCCAUAAACAGCCUCCAGGAUGAGUAAAAGCAGCAAAGUGUUGAAUCUGAAGGAUAAAAUCAACGGUAAUGAGGUGGACCUGAGCCUGAGUAACCUCACAGAGGUGCCAGUCAGAGAGCUGGCUUUAUUCACCAAAGCAACUGUUCUGGACUUGUCUUGCAACAACAUUACCUCCCUUCCUCCAGAGUUCUGCAACCUGACCCACCUGGUGAAGGUGGAUCUGAGUAAAAACCAGCUGACCUGUCUACCAGACGACCUGGGGAACCUUUCCAGCCUUCAACAUCUGGACCUGUACAACAACAAGCUGACUGUCCUGCCGGUCAGCGUCUCUCAGCUCAGGAGUCUGAAGUGGUUGGAUCUGAAGGAUAACCCGCUGGAGGCCGUCCUGGCCAAGGCAGCAGGAGACUGUCUGGAUGAGAAGCAGUGUAAACAGUGUGCCACCAAGGUUCUGCAGCACAUGAGAGGUCUUCAGGACGAGGUCGAUCGCGCACGAGAGAAACGCCUUUUGAGGGGAAAAGAGCUGGAGAGGAAGAAGGAGGUGAAGCAGAGGGAGCGGGAGGCCAAAGAGAAGGAGGCUCGUAAACGGGAGAAGGCGGAGGAGAAGGAGAAGAGGAGGAAAGAGUACAACGCUCAGAUGGCGGCAGUGGCUGCGAAGGAACAACAGAAGAAGAAGAGCGAGGAGAAGAAGAAAAAGAACGGACAGGCAGCAGCAGAUAAAAAGGCCGUUGUGGAAUCGGCGCCUAAACCUCGACGCUCUCUCAUUGGCAUGAUGUUCAAGCUCCUCCUCCUGCUGCUGCUGGGAUUGGCCGGAGUCGCCGCCGCCUGCCGGUUGACGGACCUUCAGAAGGAAGCCAUGUGUGUGCCCGUCAACGUCGCCGUGGACGACGGCCUAUCCUGGGCCAAAGAGCAGGAGGUCGUGAUCAGACAGCUGGUGCAAAAUCUGUCGUCCGCAGCGAAGGAGUUUGUCGAAUCUCAGCAAGCGUCUAAGAACUAAACUCUCAUCUGCCGCCAUCGACUUCCGGAGCUGCAGGUUUUCCGCUCCCACCUGUGAAUUCUGGGAUUUUUUUUGUUUUUUUAAUAUUCGGAAAUCAUGAAUAUCAUUUAAGAUGGGCAACCCUGCAUCCCCUCACCCUGUUUGUGGUGCUGGGAGGUGAAGAGUCUGUACAGAUAGACAAAGGGGGAUGGACAGAUGUGUUGAAUCGUCUUAAAUUCCUAUGGAAUUGUUGUCGCUCUUGUACCCUCUUUGUACUACAGCCUGUUUUUAAAAAAACUCAUCGUCUUAAACGUC